CGUCCAUCCCCUCGCAGCUUGCUUCUGUCCUUCGUGGGCUGCUUUGGCUCGUAAUGAAGCGAGCGAUCCGUUGAAUAUCUAUCUCCCCUUCCCCUACAAUGACUGUCGAGCAUUGGAGUCCCCUAUACUGCCAGUCGUGGGCGUGUUGAUACCUCGCCCGUCUUUGAACCACCCGAGCUCCAGACUCCGGCGCUUACCCCUUGUCUCUGCGCAAUCGCGGAGGGCCCGAUAUCACUUUACGGGACAUCAUUCUCACCUUGCAGCUAUCCUCUAGACCCCUGAAUGAUGUUCCAGUUUUCAUCCUUUGUCCAAAAGGCGCAGUCCCUUAUCGAUCCGGCCAACUUCAACCUUCCGGCGAUAACAUCAUCGGACCGCGGUCCGUCCAAGGCGUCCCUCUUCCGCCAGCAAUUCUGUCUCCCAGACUCGCAGAACCCAUUGCAGGAGAUCACGGCCGAAUUGAUUCUCCCAGUCCCGCAUACUUCGUCUUCGGCCGGUGGAUCAGCGGAUCGUCAUAAAGAGGGCAACCGGUACACGGGACGACUCCACCUGAGUGAGCGGUAUCUAUGCUUUUCAACACAGCCAACUAGCUUCCUCCCAUCGGCUAGCUUGAGUGCUUCAACUAGUUUCACCGGCCAGACACAUGGGACAGGUCCGUCGGGUAAUGGAUUUACUCUUCCGCUCUGUGCCAUUCGCCGUGUCGAGCGGCUCAACAGUCUCAGUCAUGUCUUCUCCCUGGCGUUGACGACAUGGAACGGUGCCCUGACGAAACCUGCAUCACAGACGGCUAAUGAUCCCUCGUUUGUGCCGCAACGGUUCACCGUCCAACUAGUCGGGAGCAGGCAGGCCUGCGAGCGGUUCUGUGACGGUCUCAAGAAAGGGUUGCGAGAAGGAAUGAGGGAUAUUGAUAACUUGAGGACCGUAUGUGGCGAUUGUUACUCGGAAUAUUUACUCUCUGGAAGCAAGAAUAAGGGACAGGAGGAAGAUGCACCGGCUCGGCAACCCCCUGAUGCCGGGCUGGGUAUGGUUUUCCGGUAUCCUGGAGACGCUCGCAAGCUCAGGGACCGCAGCAAGAUGAGACUCUGGGGAGAAUAUUUCAGAGAAAACGGCCGCAAUGUUACGCUCAUUCGGCAACCGACCUUCCACAAGCUUAUCAGGGUUGGACUUCCGAACCGCCUCCGUGGAGAGAUCUGGGAACUUACUUCGGGCUCUAUCUACGUCCGUUUGGGGUCUCCCAAGCUGUACGAAGAAACUUUGGCCAAGUUUUCCGGUAGAGAGUCUCUCGCUAUCGAUGAGAUCGAAAAGGACCUCAAUCGAAGUCUUCCAGAAUACCCUGGCUUCCAGAGUGAAGAAGGAAUUGGGCGGUUGCGGAGAGUGUUGACAGCUUAUAGUUGGACCAAUGAGCAAAUCGGUUACUGCCAGGCCAUGAACAUUGUUGUCGCUGCCUUGCUGAUAUACAUGUCCGAGCCGCAGGCUUUCUUUCUGCUAUCUGUGCUCUGUGAUCGUAUUCUGCCGGGUUAUUACUCGACGACUAUGUAUGGCACACUGCUUGAUCAGAAAGUCUUCGAAUCGCUUGUCGAGAAGACCAUGCCCGUUCUAUGGGAGCACCUGGUGAAGUCUGACGUGCAACUUUCUGUCGUUUCCCUGCCGUGGUUCCUUUCUUUGUAUAUCAACUCCAUGCCACUGGUCUUCGCUUUCCGUGUCCUGGACGUAUUCUUCCUUGAGGGCCCCAAGGUUCUUUUCCAGGUUGGACUGGCCAUUCUGCGAAUUAACGGGGAAGAGCUUCUGGACGUGCAGGAUGAUGGCUCUUUCAUCUCCGUCUUGAAGUCGUACUUUUCCAGACUGGACGAGUCGGCACAUCCACGAUCAGAGAACCCGAAAUUGAGAGCCAUCACGCGGUUCCAGGAACUUAUGGUUGUUGCUUUCAAGGAGUUUUCUGGCAUCACGCAUAGUACGAUAACGGAGCAACGGGCCAAACACAAGGAUGCCGUCUUGGACAAUAUUGAGAGUUUCGCCAAGCGGACUUCAAUCCGCAACCUGGGACCUGACAGUAAACGCCUCAGCAUGGAUGAUCUCGGCGCCAUUUACGACCGUUUCUAUGCGAUAUUGUAUGAGCGUGAACAGCGGCAGAAGCUUAUUGAUGAAGAAAAGAAACGAACAGAAAAGAAGAAGGUUGGGAGAUUCUCCAUCCUUGGACCCCCCGUGGAUGCUGAAGUGGGCCGAGUUGGCCUUGGUCCUAGUCCUACCCACAUGGACUAUGAAGCUUUCAGGGAAUUCCUAGCAGCUACGGCGAAAUGGGCUGUGGCAGACUCCCCAAACCGCUCGCGCAAGGGCUCUACUUCUGAGAAAGAAGGAAAUGGAUACAGUUCGUCAAGUACCAGGAGCUAUAAAUCUUCCAGUCGCGGAUCGAAUGUCCAGCCAGCGGACCAUGAGUUUAUGCAGAGACUGUUCCGCAAAUGGGACACCGAUAACACCCAAGGUUUGAGCCUGCAGAACGUCGUCAAUGGGUUGGCGCGCAUCAAAGGCACGCGCGAUAUUAUGAACACCAUCAACUACUUUUUCGAUCUCUAUGAUGACCAGGGCAACGGUCAAGUCGACAGAGAAGGCAUUCUCCGAAUGUCUGAGGCUCUGCUUUUCCUAUCGCGACGAGGCUUUGAGGGCACAGUGACCCCUAGUCAGUCGCUUGAAGAUCUUAAUGAUCCUACCAAAGUCAAGCUCAGUACAGACGAGAGGUUCUUAGGGAGCAUCAGCUCGUUUAUCCGCCGCUGCUUUGAGUACGCCGAUCCGAGUCACCCGCAGAACCAGCAGAACCCCAGUGAUGCUGCCGACGAGGCUACAGCUAAGCUGGAUUCGUUCGCUAUUGGGGAUGAUGAUGAGGACGAGGAAGACUUGCUCGAGCUCAACGAAAAACCAAGUGCAGCCGAAACGGAUGGCUCAACACAAAAGCCGAUCGAAACAGAGAAAUCCUCCCGAGAAGUGUCGGAAUCUGCCAACCCUGCCCUCGAUCCGAACAACCCCCUACACAUCACGCUCCCGACUUUCCGCAUGGUGAUUCUCGCUGAUGAGCUCCUUGAACAAUUUUUCGAAUCCUUCUUCCCUCAGUCAUUCCACCUCUCCAAUAACCCCAACCCAGCCUCACUGUCAACGUCGGGUUCGCUCUCUUCCAACCUGACCACCUUCAGUAACAUUGGUACGAAGACCUCAGGGCUCACUGCUGCAUCGAGUGCAACCGUCGCGGGUCCCUCUGGAGGCAUAGUGCCUCCCGGAAAGGGUCUGCGUGGUGUCCUGGACAACAUCGUCUCGGACGGAAUGCGUAUGGCAGCAGAAGUCAAGAAGAAGAUGGACGAAGCACAGCGUGAUUUGGAGCGUAACGCACUACGCCGUGACGAUGAAGAUGAUGAUGACGAAGACGAGGACGACGAUGGCCACCCCGGUAUUCCUUCGAGAUCCUCAUCCGCUUCGGCCGCUCUGGUAGGUGGCAUGCCUAGCUGGGGCGCAGGCGCGUACCUCGGCGACGCGGAACGUCGCAGCGUUAGAGAAAAGGAUCGUGAUCUCCUCGAGGGCGCAGAAGUCAUCAGCGUCAGAGGCACAUCCAUGCUCGAUGGAAAAGAGGGAGGACAGGCCUCAUCAUCUCUACCCGAAGGACAUGAUGCAAGCCCGCCUACCAGCAGCUCAUCGAAAACCCCCACUACAAACGAAAGCGUAGUGAGCAAAGUCGUCGAGUUCGACUCGUGAUGAAACACGCAACCACCCCCUGCCCGGUUUCCUCAUUGUACCAUCCAUCCAUCAAUCCAUCCUACCAUCCACAUCCAUCCAUCCAUCCCAUCUGUUCUCUCUUUACAAUAAUACUCCCUCUAUUCCCUUUGUCAGGUCAAGGAUCCGGUCGGUCAGCGUUUCCCGGUUUGGCUUUUAUAUCUUUCCAUGUUGUGAGGUAGAUCAAGGUCAGGCUUAGCUAUGUUAGGUAGAGGUCAACUAGUGAAAGGAACCUCUUUUUAUUUUCGUAUCGUCAUAUUAUAGUCUCUCUCUUCUAUCUCUCUCUUUGUCCUAUAUUCGAUGUAAAUCUUUAAGCUGCAUAAAUCCCGUGUUAGUCAGUC